CGCGGGCUUACCCCUCGCCAGUCGCCAGUUGCCGACCAUGGAGAAGGAGGCCGCGGGGGAGGCGCGCGAAUCCCAUGGGUACGCCCGGAAGCGGGCACGGAGCGGCGGCGGCGGCGGCGGUGGCAGCGAGGAUUUCAUCACCAGACUCCCCGACGACAUCCUCGGCAUCACCAUCUCCCUCCUCCCCACCAAGGACGGUGGCCGCACGCCCAUCCUCUCCCGCCAAUGGCGCCACCUCUGGCGCUCCGCGCCUCUCAACCUCGAGGUCAGCACCCGACCCCCCGGCGCCGCCGGCCCCGUCCCCACUCCCUCCCGCGUCCCACCCUCCGCUGUCUCCCAGAUAAUCUCCCAGCACCAGGGCCCCGCGCGCCGGUUCUCCUUCCACUGCCGCGGCGCCGACGACCUCUGCGCCCAGGCGGAGAGCUGGCUUCACUCCCGGGCCCUCGCCAACCUCGAGGAGCUCGACAUCGCUCACGCCAGCCCCCGGCUGCUGGCAUCAGUGUUCCGCUCCGCAUCCACCACCAUCCUGGCUGCCAAGAUCAACGGUUGUGAUUUCCCCGGCGAGAUUGUGCCGGCCAUGAAUUUCCCCAAUCUCAAGAAGCUCACCCUGUUUCACACUUCCAUCUCGGAGGACGUCUUGCACGCGCUGCUCUCCGGCUGCCAUGCCUUGGAGAGCUUAUACAUGGCCGAAGUUUCUGCUGCUGGUCGCCUCCGUGUUAGCUCGCCGACUCUUAAGACCAUUAUCUUCAGUCAUAGCUCUAGUGAAAUGGUGGAGAUAUUGGGCCCUUUCAUAGCCGCCGUCUCCAAUAUCCUACUCUUCCAGGGAAUAAGCCCGGUCAGCUCGGCAAACUCCAUGCGCACCGUAAAGGUUUUGGCUCUCAGAUCUUCUGCAGAUAAGCUGCAUGCAGUUCUUAACAUUCUCAGGUGGUUUCCCUGUUUGGAGAGGCUCCAUGUCACCUUUGGUAAACACCAUGAUAUGGAUCAGCAAAAUGAGCCUCAGCAUGACCCACUACAUCCAAUCGAAUGCCUUGAGGCCCAUCUCAAAAAAGUGGUGUUUAAGCCAUUCGAGGGCUAUGGGAAACAGGUUGAAUUUGCCAGGUUCUUUGUAUUGAAUGCAAAGGUGCUAGACAAAAUUGAAUUUGAAGCGUAUAAUCACUACGGCAUUGAAAUGGUGGGUUAUGAGCACAAGCUGCUACAAGUGGAAAACAGAGCCUCUCGACACGCUCGGUUUGUAUUCAAGACUAUUUCAUACUGACCGAGUACCAUGUCAAUAAGCAUAACCAUGAUUGGUCGGUCAGUAGCCGACCCCUUCCGACAGUCUCUUGUGCUCAUUCGGUAGAUGGUGUUGAUACCUGAAGAUUACACCAUCUUCCACUGUCUGCUCUGUUUCUAGUCUAUAGUUGCUUUGUAGUUCCAGUAACUUAUUGUAUUGAAGUUUGAGUUUACUGAAUGUAACUUAGUGCCAUCUGUCUUGUACAAAUUAGCUACUCCCUCUGUAAAGAAAUAUAAGAUCUUGUAGAUCAGUAGCUAGUAAUUUUACUCUUUCCUAGAGCAAGUAAAGCAUUGGAUUUGGCCAAGGACCUGGAAAUAAUGUUGGCUUUGGCAGGGAUCCUUGUGUGUACUGCUUCAUGCUUGUCAACUUGUUUUCUGCAUUAC